AUGGCUGCUCACCUCCAGCAAGCACCGGCAUGGUUCAUCUCGCUGGCCGUCCUCGGUGCCCUCUGCGUGGCGGCGCUCACGUCGCGCCUCCUCGUCCACCUGACGGUGUGCCUGCGCCGGCCCAAGGACCUCCGCCGGAGCUACGGCACGUGGGCCGUCGUCACCGGCCCGACGUCCGGCAUCGGCCGGUCCGUCGCCCUGGAGCUCGCACGCCGCGGCCUCAACCUGGUUCUCGUCGACCUCAGCGCCGCCAAUCUCCAGGAAGUCUCCGACACGAUCAGGUCUCGGCACGCCGUGAAGACCGUGUCCGUGGUGUUCGACCUCUCGCUCGUCUCCACUCCACAAGGCGAUGAGGCGAUGCGGCGUCUCCGGAAAGCCGUGAAGGGGCUGGACGUGGGGGUUCUGGUGAACAACGCCGGGGUGGCGAAGCCGGGCGCGGUGUUCCUCCACGAGGCCGACGCCGAGGCGUGGGUUCGGAUGAUCCGGGUGAACCUGUGGGCGGUGACGGAGGUGACCGCCGCGGUGCUGCCGGGGAUGGUGGAGCGAGGCCGGGGCGCCGUCGUGAACAUGGGGUCGGCGUCGUCGGGCGUCCCUUCCUUCCCCCUCCACACCAUGUACUCCGCCACCAAACGGUACGUCGCUCAGUUCUCCAGGAGCCUUUACGUGGAGUACAAAAUCAAAGGGAUAGAUGUGCAAUGCCAUGCGCCCUUCUUCGUGGCUACCACGAUGCUGUCGGGCUUCUCGGGAAUCUGGCGCCCAUCGGCGUUCGUGCCCACCACCGACGCCUACGCGCGUAAGGCAGUGCGCUGGAUCGGGCACGGCGGCCCGCUCUGCGUGCCCAACCUCAGGCACCGCCUCCUGCGCUGCCUCCUCGCCGCCGUGCCGGACUCCCUCCACGACUGGGUCUGCCUGCGCGGGAACCUGCGGACAAGGAAGAUGCUCCAAAGGGCACCAGUGUGCACCCUGCGUGGAUGA